GCCCAACUGCCUUUUCUUCUCCACCUUCCUCCCAUCCCACAGAUCGAUCACAGCCUCACACCUCGCUUCAUCGCUGCUAGCUGCUUCCUGCUUCCAUCUUGCUGCAGCACCCAUCCAUCCAUUACACGCUGCUGCUGCUGCUGCUGCUGAGGCGCUCGACCACCAUCCAUAUCCAUAAUCCAUGGCGGUGAAGGACUGCGGCGGGCACAAGGGCGGCUGCGAGUGCCACCGCCGCCGGCUCUACCGCAAGUGCUGCGGCGCGCUGCUCGCCCUCGUCCUCCUCGCCCUCUUCAUCAUCCUCAUCGUCUACCUGGUGCUCCGCCCCCACAAGCCCACCUUCUACCUGCAGGACCUGGCGGUGCUCUGCCUCAACGUCACCCCGCCCACCUCCGCCUACCUCUUCACCACCAUGCAGGCCACGGUGGCGGCGCGCAACACCAACGACCGCGUCGGCGUCUACUACGACGAGACGGACAUGUACGCGCAGUACAAGGGCGUGGCCAUCACCGUGCCCACCCGCCUCCCCGUCGCCUACCAGGGCCACCGGGACCAGUCGGUGUGGUCGCCCUACCUCCGAUCCAUGGACAGCGUCGUGCUCCCGCCGCAGCUCGCCAUCGCGCUCGCGCAGGACGAGACGGCCGGGUACGUGCUGGUGGACGUGCGCGUCGACGGCUGGGUGCGGUGGAAGGUGGGCACGUGGAUCUCCGGCCACUACCACCUCCGGGUCAACUGCCCGGCCCUCAUCAGGGUGAACGAGGGAAAGGGCAGCUACGGCGCCACAACCGGCGGCGGCCCCGACUACUUCCGCUUCCAGCAGGCCGCCGCCUGCGCCGUCGACAUCUGAUCGAUCCGGUUCGGCUCGAGCUCCAUCGAUCAACCAUGUGCAUGCAUGUCCACUUGUCCAGACAAGAAAUUCAUUGCUUUUGGUUUUGGAUAGCUUCCUGAAUCUCAUCCGUCUUCUCUUUUUUUCUUUUGCCCGACGUAGUUUCUUCCUCUUCCUUUUGGGGCUCGAUUGCCGUUCUUUUCGGCAGAAUCGAUCUCGACUGGUUAAAGAAAAGAAAGCAUGAAUCGAUGAAAAUUGGCUGAA